GGAACGCGGUUGCCUGUACAGCUCAAGAAAAGCAGAUUUGGGGGUGUCGUUCGCGCUCUCUAGAGGCUGCUCUGACCCUCUCAGGCACCCUUAGCAAGAAGAAGACAGGAGGGGCGACGCGACAGAAUAUGCAAAUGAAGCACUGAAGACCAAGAGAAAGAGAAGGAGCCGGCGGGGGGGGGGGGAGGAGGAAGCGGGGACAGGAAAGAACCCUCGGUGUCGCGUCACGCCGCGCCGCAGCCAAUCCGGUGCGACCGCGCGCCCGAUUCGAAGGCGGCCGGCGAAAGCGAGAUUUGGCGCGCGAGGGAGAAACGAAAGCUGAGGGGAGGAGCCCGCGCGAGGGCAGCAGGAGAGCGCGCCCGUUUUGUCCGCCCGCCCGCCUUUCCCGUCUCUGUCUCGCUUCGGGUACCAGCAGCCGUGGUCUCCAUGGCGACCCCACCCAAACGCAGCCGGGCCGAGAGCAUCAAGAAGGUCGCCAUCGAGGGCAAUAUAGCUGCAGGGAAGUCUACCUUUGUAAAUAUUCUCAAACAAGCCAGAGAAGAGUGGGAAGUUGUUCCUGAGCCUGUAGCAAGAUGGUGCAACGUUCAGACUUGCCAAAAUGAUUGUGAGGAGGAGCUGACUGCCUCGCAAAAGAGCGGUGGCAACUUACUCCAGAUGAUGUACGAGAAGCCGGAGAGAUGGGCCUUCACUUUCCAGACCUAUGCCUGUCUGAGCAGAAUCCGGGCGCAACUGAAAUCUCUUGAUGGGAAGCUCAAAGAGGCAGAGAACCCUGUCGUUUUCUUCGAGAGAUCGGUUUAUAGCGACCGGUACAUCUUUGCAUCGAAUCUUUAUGAGUCUGACUGUAUGAAUGAGACAGAAUGGACUAUAUACCAAGACUGGCAUAACUGGAUGAAUGAGCAGUUUGGAUCGAGUCUUCAUCUGGAUGGUAUUAUUUAUCUCCGAGCUACCCCCGAGAAAUGCUUGAACAGGAUUUAUGUGCGUGGAAGAGAUGAAGAACAAGGCAUUCCGAUAGAGUAUCUGGAAAAGCUUCACUACAAACACGAAAGCUGGCUUCAGCACAGGACGUUGCGAACGGACUUUGACUACCUGCAAGAGGUGCCGGUCCUAUCGUUGGACGUAAAUGAAGACUUCAAAGGCAACAAAGACAAGCAUGAAGAUAUGAUUGAAAAGGUCAAAGAAUUUUUGAGCACUUUGUAGCCCUUCCAGAAACGGAGCUGAAGCCAAGCCUUCCCGUCCUCCACGACGCUUCGUUUUGUGUUGUCGAGCUCCCCUUCUGCUUCCGGUGUCCGAAGGGCAAGGUUCAGCUUCAUUGUGGCUAUCGAAAUAUGACAGUGAACUGGUGUUGUUUUUUUAAAAUAAUAUUUAUCUUGCAUUGUGGUUUCUUAAGGUGUAAUGUUUGCGGAGUACAGUGAGGGCUCUAUGGCACGACAAAGCAGGGUUUGUGGAUUCCCGCGUUGCAAUUCUGAAGUAAUUCAGCAAAACCUGGUGGUUUUCCCAGAACGGGUCUUGCGGGACUUGAGGCGGAAGCUGGGGCCCCUUCCUCACAUCCGGAUGAGGGAACUGCCAUUUGCCCCACCCACGUGGUGGAACAUGUGCAUGUGCCCAGUAAUGCUGUGGGAGGCACUUCGCACACCACCGUGUGUCUGUGCGUUUCUUCUCCCACACAUGCAUGCAAAAUGAGCUAUAAAUUCUGUACUACUGUAUUUAUGCAAGGGUGAUGAAUUCAUGAAAUACUGUAAACAAGUUAGCAAAAGCCAACAAACCCAAACACUCCUUUUGUGGCUGGAUGGGUCUUUAACCAGAAAUUAGAAGCAUUUUUUAAAAAAUAAAUUAUUUUAAAGGCCAGGACUUUCCCCCUCCCCCAGUCAGAUUUUAUAUCCUUUUGCUUUCUCUUGCUUCUAUAAAGAGGAGCAUGUACAAGCUCAUCAGCAUUCACCUUAUUUGCAUUCUCUGCAGUAGGGAGGAGAACAGUAUUAAGUUAGCUAUAUUCAAUUUCUCACUGAGCGUGGUUGAAUUCUGCAUCCCGCUUUCUCUUUUUGCUGAAGCUAGGGCUCUGGGUGGAAAACUGCAGAGGCAAGGAGGUUAGAAAGGAUUCUUCCUCCUCUCUAACCCUUCCCUGAUUAAAAUAUUUUUAUGUGCACAUCGAACAACUCGUUUUCCUAAGAAUGACUUGCUGAAUCGUCCCUAAGAAUGACUUGCUUGUGCUUUUAUUUGCCCAGAAAUCUGAGAUCGGCCCAAAGGGGAAUGUGCUGCAGCUGAAGUUAUGUUGUGCAAGAUCAGCUAUCAAGAGACUAAACAGCCCUUGUGUGUGGUGAUCAGGGGCAGAAGUGGCCGAGGGGCAGGAGGGACAAUUGUGUAGGCAACAUACCUGCUUUUCUGCCACCUGAUAGCUGUCUUGCUUCUCCUGUGUGACAAAGUUAAGAGUCCAGUAGCGCCUUUAAGACCAACAAAGUUUUAUUCAGGAUGUGAGCUUUUUGUGUGCAUGCACAAUUUGUCAAGUGUACGUGCACACUGAAUAAAACUUCGUUGAACAGCAACAACUUUGUUGAAUAAAACUUUGCUGGUCUUAAAGGAUUGGACUCUUAACUUUGUCACAUUGCUACCCUCCCGGAUCUUGUUUCACCUAUGCAUAUUUUCACGUCACCCAAUAAUCCUCAUAAAUCUAUAGUGGAUUAGAAGCUUUUAAAUAGAUAUAUACUCACAUUGUCUCCUUUUGGUGUGGUUUGGGUGGAAGGGAAAAUAGCUGCCAUGUUUGUAUACAAAUUCUUCACCUACUGCUUGUUAGAGUGUCAUUUUUUGGGUAAACGAAUUCUGCAGCUUGUUUGGCUUAGUAGAAAGGGACUCUCCGAAAUAACUAUGGUCUUCAUGUACCCUUUUCCUUUCCUUUUUUUGCAACUGAAAUAUUUUAAGUCACAAAGCAGAGUAAUUUUAUAUGACUCUUUAAAAUGAGUUUAUAAUGCGACGUCUUUUGCCUAGCUGUACUUGGCCCCUUCGAGUCGUUUUUAAGCAUCCAAAGAUUCUACAGUGUGAGCACUGACUUGUUAAAAGCUCGCGGUGAUCAUGUUCAAAACUGUGGUUGGCUGAAAUAAACAUAGGAGUAGGUUA